CCUGCCAUUCGCGAAUUCUAGGACCACAAGUUAUUUUGUAUUUUCAUACAUUUUCCUUCACGUUCUCUCUACUUUCCUUCACUUUCCCGAGGAAACAAAAAAAACUUAAAACUUUUGUUCAACAUAACAUGGCAGACUGGUCCGGACUCCCGAAAGACCUCCUAGUCCUAAUCGCUAAACGCCUAGAUACCUCCGUAGAUCUUUUUCGUUUCCGCUCCGUCUGCUCCACAUGGCGGUCCUCCGUUGCACCGAAACGCCGCCGUUUCCCCGGCCGUUUUCCGAUGCUCCCAGACGACAACACCAAUAUUUCCACCAAUUCCUUUGGAUUCCACCUAUCGAAACGCACCGUUUUUCUUGUCAAAUCACCGCAAACGGCGACCAGUUGGCUGAUUAAAAUCGAAGAAGACACGCUUAAUCGAAAACGAUUGAUAUAUCCUCUGAAGCGACACCGUUUUGACUUCAGAAAGGUACUAGAUAUUCAAAAUCUUAGUAUCUGUGAAAUCGGGCAUGAAUAUGUUCUUAAUUACAUAAAUUGCCCCCCAAGUUCGAAUUUUAUGAACGAAUUAUGUAAUUUGUACAUGGAGAAGGUUGUCUUGAUGCAUAUAGGUAAUCGUGAAAGCGAUUCUGAUGGUUUCGUGUUGCUUACUGUUCAUGUGUCUGGUAAAUUAGCCAUGUUUAGAAGUGGGCAUAAGAAAUGGACAAUCUUACAACACAUGCCCUCGCCAUUCGAUGAUGUGAUAGUGUAUAAAGGGAGAUUUUAUGCGGUUGAUCAUACAGGAAGUACUGUAAUUGUUGAUUGUUCAUGUUGUAGUGUGAAUUUAGUUGGAAGUCCUGUGUUUGGUGGUGAUAAGAAGUAUUUGGUUGAGUGCAAGGGUGAUUUGUUGUUGGUUGAUAUGCAUCUUAGCAUUGAUGCUGCCACAUUUGAUGCAAAUAUGGAUUGGGAGCAACAACUUGCUUAUUUUGUGAGGGAGAGGACGGUGAUGUUUAAGGUUUAUAAGUUGGAUGAGGAGAGGAAGGAGUGGACUGAGAUGACCAAUUUGAAGGAUGAUUUGUUGUUUUUGGGUGAAGAUUGUGUUUUUUCAGUGUCUGCCAAUAAGCUUGGUGUGAGUAGAGGGAAUUGCAUACUUUUUGUUGAUAAUGUGUACGGUUUGAGUGAGGAUGAGGCAGAUGAUGAUGUUCAUCUUGGGGUAGGUGUAUUUGAUUUAGAGACUGGUUGUAUUAAGCCGUUAGGAAAUUACCCUGAACUUUCCCAGCUGUUUUGGCCCGCUCCUGGUUGGAUUACUUCAAGGACAUUGGAAGUGCAAAAUCACGCCGAAGAAGUGGCUUUCAUAUAAAUCUAGAUUCCAGGAUGCAGUUCACUUGUGAAAUUUGAUGAUUUGAAAUUUACAAUGUUCAGAAGAUGAACUUUACAUCACUUGAGAAGCUGUAUCCUCACCUGGAUAUUUCAUGUGUCUGAAAAUAUUAACAGCCGCUUCUGACCUGACAAAGUUUCCCACAAUAUGGAGAAUCCUUGUCGCGAAUGAGCGUUGUCCCAGGUUUCAUAUUCUUUGUUUCAGCCAAGUAUACACCAGUCAUUAAUAAGCUAUUUCCUUCUGUCUGAUUACCCGGUUUCUUUUUCCUCUUCUACCGUUGAAAUAAAAGUCAUCUAUAACGUUAGUGGUCUUCCUUCUCUCAAUUUGAAAAAGGGGCCCGAUUGCUUACUAAUACCAAUGUAAUUUCUAUCGUCGCCUGCUUUGUUGGGUGAUGCUUUUCCUUUUCCAACGUUCUUUUUUCUUUUUCUUUGUUUCAUUUCUUGUUUCCUGGAACUCUUCCGUGUAUUUGUACAGAACUAAAGCUAGGAAAUGAAUAUUUUUUAUUACAUUA